UCCCUCUUUGAGGGAGCAUCGUGGUCUUUGGAGACCUCGGUGUCUGUGAACUCGGCACCCCGAAACUUGGCUUGCACCGGAGUAAUUUCAAAGUUAACUUCGAGACUGUCCCCUGGGAAGGCCAGAGCACAGAGCCAGCAGCGUCUCUGCAGAGGAUCUGCGCAAUUGCUGGUGUCAGGGAAGAUGCUCUGGCCAGCGCACUCUGGAGGCGGGACCUUUGCAGACAGUUAGGCUGCUUGUCAACAGAGCAGCUAGCGGGUCUGUGGUCCUGGGGCCCAGGCACUGAUCUGAGCUGUGGACCCUGAGAGUCAAGUGCGCCUCCUCCCUCCACUGCGCACCUAUCACAGUCCCUGAGCGCAUUGCCCUGCGCUCCGCCCACCUGCAAAUGCCUGCCCAGUCAGCGACCGCCCUGGCCUGGACAGCGCCUGCGGGCCCCCUGAGCCAGGACACUACCCCUGCCUCAGCUCCAGCCUGAAGAAGUUAUUCCUGGGAGACACAAGCUUCAUUUUUGGUAGAAAAACCGAGUCCAGAAGAUUGUCUCGGAAGGUAGGGUGGAAUAUUGGUCACCACUGAUCCUCACAAGGAAUUCAUUUCAUCGUGGCUUCUACCCUGUGACUUAGCCCUCUGGAGGGGAGCUAAUUUCUUGCUCAACAAAAAUGGCCUUCAUGAAGAUGAGGCUGGUUUAUGCUUCCAUUCUGAUGCUGGGCGUUCUUUGCUUGUACUUCAGCAUGGAGCCUUUUAAGGAACUUCCAUUUGUUCUCAAGAAGGGUCACGGGAAGUUCCUCCAGCUUCCAGAUAUAGACUGCAAGCAGAAGCCCCCUUUCCUUGUGCUUCUGGUGACUUCAUCCCACAAGCAGCUGGCAGCUCGCAUGGCCAUCCGCAAGACAUGGGGUAGAGAAACAGAGGUGCAGGGACAGCGUGUGAAGACCCUCUUCCUCCUGGGGGCCUCAGACAGCACCGAUGAGAUGAAUGCCACAGCCCAGGAGGGCAAGCAGCACCGUGACAUCAUCCAGAAGGAUUUCAAGGACGUCUAUUUCAACUUGACCCUGAAGACCAUGAUGGGCAUGGAAUGGGUCCACCACUUUUGUCCUCAGGCAGCUUUUGUGAUGAAAACAGACUCAGACAUGUUUGUGAAUGUUGGCUAUUUGACUGAACUGCUGCUAAAGAAAAACAAAACCUCCAAGUUCUUCACGGGCUACAUAAAGUCCAAUGAUCUUCCCAUCAGGCAGAAGUUCAACAAGUGGUUUGUGAGUAAAUUUGAAUAUCCCUGGGAAAAGUACCCACCAUUUUGUUCUGGAACAGGUUAUGUCUUUUCAAGUGAUGUGGCCAGCAAAGUAUACAAUGUCUCAGAGAGUGUCCCAUUCCUCAAGCUGGAGGAUGUGUUUGUCGGGCUCUGCCUGGCCAAGCUGAAGAUCCGGCCUGAGGAACUCCACACCAAACAGACCUUUUUCCCAGGUGGCUUACGCUUCUCUGUGUGCCGCUUUCGGAAAAUUGUGACCUGCCACUUUAUGACGCCCCAGGACUUACUCACUUACUGGCAGGCACUGGAGAACUCUCAGGAACAGGAUUGCUCUGCUGUCUGAGGGGAGCCUGUGGUGCAAACUUCCAAAAACCUUUGCUGAUACUUUGCGAAGAUCUGGGAUGACCUUGCUGGGAACUGUCAGGGGUAGAGAAGGAGGAGGAAGGCAAAGAGCGCUGUACUCAAUGCCCGGCAUGUCCUAGAGUGGAUGUACACACACACAGGUCAAGACUCGUUCCCAGUUGGCACCCAGAGCAAUAACAGAUCUCAUCUACCAGGCUUUUGCACUAUGUUCUCAAUGUUUGAGACAUGCCUUCAUCUGCUCAUAUCAGGGCUCAGUAUACAUAUGAAGCCAUGGAUGUGAUCAUUCCCAUUUUAUAGGUUAGGAACCAGCAGCCAUGGCCACUUACUUGUCCAAAGACCCCCAGUCUGUAGACAGAACAGGAAUGAGAAUCAAGUACUAUCAGAAUUUAGUUGGUGGCCCCCAACUGAGUGUCUCAUACUUUGGGAGAGGUCAGUGGUAGAAGAAGCUUAGUGUGGGGGUAUCUUAAAUCUAACUGGCAUCCUUCAGGACCUUUCCAGGGUCCCCUGCCCCUCACUUCCCAAUCCUGCUAAGGCUGGGAUGAACCAGUUUUCUCAGGCCUUUCCCCUCACUUAAAUGAUGUAGCUAGGCACUGAGUCUGUUAGUCACUUGGUACCCAAUGCAUCUUCAACAUGAGACAUGCAUGUCUGCAGACACUAGUUCACCGCCAUGCUAGAAGGAAACUGGGUUGUAUGACCAUAUAAAUCAAACUGAGAAACCAUAGCUGAGUCUUUCUGUAUAGGCCAAAUACACUACUGAAAUCCUAGCAAGGGUGACAUCUCCUCUAAGCCUUUUGGGACACCUUGUCUUUGUUGCGGAUGUCUUGAUGGAUUGAUGGGGGUGACCAGUUGCAGCACUGGAACACUUCAGAUCUCAAACUCAAGGGAAGCCAGGCACAGGCAUGGUCUGUUCAAGAACUUUGCUGAACUGGUCCAAGCUCCUGGGGUGCAGAGCAUGGAGAUAGGCCUAGUGGAAGGGCUAUCCCUGCAUCUGUGAUCCUUCUGACCCCUGCUCUUCACACUGGAUUAUCACAUUGUCAGAGAUCUGCUGAGAGCUUUGGUUUGGAAUUUAACCCUGGUGGUUUUCAGAACUGGGUAAAAACAGGGGCUCAUGGCCAUUCAGCCUAUGUCACCAGACAAGUAAUCUUGGUCUGUAUUGUUGGAAUCAUUGCUUUUCCCCUGCUUUUGAUUUUACUAGAUUUUACUAUGUGCUUGGAGCCAAGGCUUCAUGUGACUGUGAUUGUAAAAGUUGUGAUAUGCUCUCUGAACUCAGGAAAUCUUACUUAAGUCAGAAUACUGUUAGGUUACCUUUAGGGCCUCAUUUCCACACUUGUUCCUGUCUCUCCCAUAACACUUGAGCAGGGGAGGGGGAUUCUUCUGUCUGUGACAUUUUUCAAAAUCAUACAGCACCAAGUCCUAGACCCUUACUUCAGAAUAUAUGAAAAUCUGAGCCAGGGAAAGAUAAAGGGUGAUUGUUCCUGGGUGUGUACUAGGGACAGCACACACCGUCAAAACCAAAUCAGAUCUUCUCUUGACAGAGAGGGAAGCCAAGGCUUGUAACAAUAUGGUGGCUUUGCCGUCUAGAGGGUGGAAGAGCUGGCAUCAGGACCUGGCACCAGCCGCUUUGUGUCAGACCUUCCCUUUAUUCAAUCCUUCAUUAGCCAUGUUUGCUCACUGCAUUCACACACAUCACGAGCAAGGUCAAGGUGAGGGUCUCCAGACAGCAGACCUGAGUGAGCUCCCAGUGCCAAGAAUCUGUUCAGGCACAGGUUCUUUUGGCCUAUGCACAGUAUAUGGGAGCAUAAGCAGGUGUGGUCACCUGUGCGCAGUCAUUCUUUGAGGGUAGCUGCACUUCAUUCUUACUGCGAAAUGUUUGUCAUCGGAGGCAACUGAGGUGACUCAGUGACUCACCCAGGGCCUGAGAUGCAGUGGAGGCCCAGCCCUAAGCCUUCUCCAUUAGCACACCAUUAACAUACCUUCCUACUUGCUUACUUCUCUCAGAAGCCUGGGGCUGGAGCUACCCAAGGAAUCACCAGCAUCUCCCUUUGCCUGCACACAGCCACCUCUGUUCUGGGUGUUGGCUAGAGUGUUGGUUUACUUCUUCAUGGUUCUCUCUGGUUUUGACUUGGCCCUGGGCCCCCCAUGGAAUUCUGACAUACCUCCCAUUUAGACUAGCUUUAUCAUGAGGUCAUGUGCAUUUCACAUGUGCACACAUGCCAGAUGCAGGUGUCUACAUGCAGGCAGCAGGCUAGUUUUAUUACUUGGGAUGUGGCAUAGCAAGUGCCUCCUAUCUUCUCUUUGAAGCGUGAAGUUGCCUUGAUCUCUCUCUUGCACAAUCAGCUGCGCUUUGUCACAAGGCCAGGUGUGCUAUGGUGGGGACUUGAGCUGAAGGAGUGGCUCACACUUGCACACCCAGAGGGUCUCUUGACCUCCAGCCUCCAGGCAGAAGUGAAACACACCCAGCUGAGGGAGCAUAGCUUUUACCAUCACAGCUGCACCAGUGGUCACACUACAGCGUCCAUCGCUGGCCUCAGGGUGCUGUUUUGAAAGAACAAAGCCAGGCUUCAGACAUCCUCUGGUUUCCCCACUGAGUCUGCAGCCUCAUGGCAGACUGAAUAAUUCACAAGCAGAAUUUAAUAUGGUAGCUACUGGGCAUCACUUAAAAAAUAGAUGAGAUGUUGCUUAGAUCUUCUCCAUCCCUCCAUUUGGAAGCAUUUGUUUUCUUGUACCACGUUUUGAAAAUUAAGAAGUAAUUUCCUGUAUUCAUCACAUUAGGACUGGCAUCUUAGCCUUCUCUAGGCUGGGUCUCCUGGUAGACAGGAUGCUUACUCCUCUCUCUGGCUGGGACUUUGGCUUGGUAUAGUGGGGGAGGAGAGUUUUGUAAUUAUUCACAGGUCCUGAGGGGACUUCCCAAAGGAGAUGUCUGAUACCAGCCAAGCUGCUGCAUCUUGUGAGAGUGCUAGCCUGGGAGUCCCUUCUGGCCUGCAUAGGUUCAGUGGAUUAAGGUGUUUGCUGACAAAUUACCCUAGCAAAUUCAAUUCAGUCCUUGAGACCCACAUUGUGAAAGGAGACAAUUGAGUUUCACAAGCCCACGGUGGGUCUGCACAGAUGUGUAUGUACACACAUAAUAAAUGAAAUGCAAACAAAAGUAAUCUUUGCAAAGGCUCCUGCAAACACUGACCUCCCAGACUCUUUGCUUAUUUUUAUUUCUCUGUGGCUUCCAGGAUGUAAACUGUGCGUGAACACAGGCAAAGGUGAAUUAGAAGUAAACUCUCAGUCACACCUCUACAUUUGUUUGGUGCUUUCAUUUGGCUAAGAAUUUGUUGGGAAAAUUUGUCGGGGGCUUGCCUCAGGUGUCUCCUGCCUUUUAGUCUAACUCUCAGGAAAAGACAGAUCCUCACAGAUGGCCUUAGAUUGUUCCUGGAGGUGAAGAUUGAAACUGCCCAAACUCCAUUCUGUAAUAACCAGGCAUAGUCAUUUUAAAUAUAAGUAGAAAAAUAGAUUCUGUGGCGGCCAAAUGUUUUUUUUUUGUUGUUGUUGUUUUGUUUUUUGGGUUUUUUUUUUCUUUUUCUCUCU